AUGGACCUGCAGUCUUCUUCCCACCAAGCAGACGACACGUGCCGGAGCCGCGACUUGGGCGGCUCGCCUUCGGCAUCGGCGCAUCACCAUAUGUCGCGGCUACUCCGCGAUUCGCGGGGCAAAUACAUGUUCAUUGGCGACUCAGCCAACUUAUCUUUCUUGCAGAGCAUUCGGAAAGUCGUCGAGGACGCGAUAGGCCACUGCGCUUUUGCAAAGGACCCGUUGCGAUACCAGAUGCUUGAGGCUGCGCCCGACGGCCGGCCAAACUGGCUAUACACAGAUUCCAAGGGCACCCCGCCGACUCCGACGCUGAUAGAGGCAGAGUACCUCGUCCGUUCCUACUUCCUGGCGAAUAACUGCGUCCUCGACCUCUUCGACGAAGCGGACCUGUUCAAGAACCUGCAGCCUUGGCUCGAGAAGAAAUCGGCCGAGACAGAUGCCCUGACUCCGAUAUACUAUCUCGUCUUUGCUUUGGGUGCACAGACUUCUCCGGACGACAAAGAUCAGCUCGCUGAAACGUAUUUCAGCUACGGUCGCUACUUCACCGCCGUCAGUUUCGCCGAAGAUCCCAGCAUCUCUACGGUCCAAGCCUACGCAAUGAUUACCAUGUACCUUCUAGGCGCCUCUCGGAGGAACGCUGCAUUUAUGAAUCUAGGAACAGCUGUGCGAGCCGCAUACGCGCUCGGUCUCCACCGCAAAGAGAUCGCUGCUCUCUUCACCCCAGGCGAGUUCAGGACACGAGAGAGGCUUUGGAAGGUGAUCCGCAUCCUGGAUGUUUUCAUGAGUGCUUCUCUCGGGAGACCCCCAUCCACAGCAGAGACGCGCGAUACGCGAUCUGAAGACAAUUAUUCGGCGUCGGUUGAUCUCUGCACCGUGUUCGAGACGAUAAUGAACGAAGUCUAUUCCAAACGCAUGAUAUCAAACACGGCGUUGGAGAAGAUAAGCGAGCACCAAAGGCAUUGGGCCGCCAACUUCCACAAGGGCCUGGACGAAGACGGCAUCAAGCCGACACCGGCUAUUAACGGCGGGAAAUCUCCCAACAUUGGGCUCAUGCACGUAAAGGGAGCAUAUUACUGGACUAUUAUACUACUCACACGUCCAUUCCUGGUCGACGCGGUGUCAUCCUAUAUCGCCACGGCGAAUGUGCCGCCGGCGGAAGGAAACUCUGCGGGCGUGACAUCUUACUCAGACAAAGUGCUUGUGCAUGCCUGUGUUGACUCGGCAAUACGCACCAUCGAGCUACUACGGAUUCUGCUUGAUUUUAACAAUGUCCCCAAGCGUCUCCCCUUUCUGGUCAACUACAUCUUUGUCGCCGCGCUUGUCCUUGGUUUGGCUCAUUUCGGCGACGUCGCGAAGAUCUUCCCGGUGGGCGUCCAUCUGAAACUGGCGCAUCGAUUGCUCGCCAUGUUCCCGAAAGACGCUAUUUCUAGCAGGAACACCACGAUCGUCGAAUAUCUUCUACAUGCUUGCGACACCGUAGCGGAGAGGCGCACAAAGUGGGACAGGGACCGUUGCGCCGUGCUGGUCAGAGGCAUGUUCGGCAAGAUUCACGAUGACCCUGCGCCGAGCGUGGAAUUGUGCUCAGCCUCUCCCACCACGCACAUGUCGACGACGACGGCACAUAGCUCGACAGAGCCAUCCCACCAGAUGGACCAAGCACUUCAGCUGCCCCUUGAGGAGGGCAAUCAACACGGCAACACGUCGCAAUACGACCCAAUGUCUCAAACUAAAGGUCUGGUGAGCGGAGCUGCCACUGGAUGCGCAAGACCAAGAGACAAAGGACGAGUCGGGCCUUUCGCACCGAUAGAGGAAGCUAGCAUGACGCAGGAAGAAUUUGAGAAGGUCCUGCAGGCUAUGUCGCCAACGACUCUGUGGUUCGAGUCCUACGACGACCAUUUUCCACUCUUUUCAACGACUGACGCCCCCAGCACCUAA